AUGUGUGGUCUUGACCUGGUGAUCAAGUGUGGUCUUGAUGACCUGGAGAUCAUGUGUGGUCUUGACCUGGCUAUCAAGUGUGGUCUUGAUGACCUGGUGAUCAUGUGUGGUCUUGACCUGGCUAUCAAGUGUGGUCUUAAUGACCUGGAGAUCAUGUGUGGUCUUGACCUGGCGAUCAAGUGUGGUCCUGAUGACCUGGUGAUCAUGUGUGGUCUUGACCUGGUGAUCAAGUGUGGUCUUGAUGAACUGGAGAUCAUGUGUGGUCUUGACCUGGUGAUCAAGUGUGGUCUUGAUGAACUGGAGAUCAUGUGUGGUCUUGACCUGGUGAUCAAGUGUGGUCCUGAUGACCUGGUGAUCAUGUGUGGUCUUGACCUGGCGAUUAAGUGUGGUCCUGAUGACCUGGCGAUCAAGUGUGUGGCCUCAGGUCCUGUCUGUCUUCUGUUGCUCUGCGGGAAACGUUUCCCUAGACUGACCUGGCUUCUCUCUUUUCUCCCCCAGUUUUUGCGAGUUGAUCAAGAUAAAGACAAGGACUGCAGCCUGGACUGCGGGGGCUCCCCCCAGAAACCUCUCUGCGCGUCGGACGGGAGGACCUUCCUGUCCCGCUGCGAGUUUCAGCGAGCCAAGUGCAAAGACCCGCAGCUGGAAAUCGCCUAUCGGGGAAACUGCAAAGACGUGUCCAGGUGUGUGGCGGAGAGGAAGUACACCCAGGAGCAGGCCCGGAAGGAGUUCCAGCAGGUGUUCAUCCCCGAGUGCAGCGAUGACGGCACCUACAGCCAGGUCCAGUGUCACAGCUACACGGGAUACUGUUGGUGCGUCACACCCAACGGGAGGCCCAUCAGCGGCACCGCCGUGGCCCACAAGACACCCAGGUGCCCCGGUUCCAUCAAUGAGAAGUUACCUCAACGGGAAGGCACAGGAAAAACAGAUGAUGCCUCAGCGCCCACGCUGGACACUCAGCCUCAAGGAGACGAAGAAGAUAUUGCAUCCCGCUACCCUACGCUUUGGACCGAGCAAGUGAAAAGUCGCCAGAACAAAACCAAUAAACAUUCAGUGUCCUCCUGCGACCAGGAGCAGCAGUCGGCCCUGGAGGAGGCCCGGCAGCCCAGGAACGACAACGUCGUGAUCCCUGAGUGCGCGCACGGCGGCCUGUACAAGCCGGUGCAGUGCCACCCGUCCACGGGCUACUGCUGGUGUGUGCUGGUGGACACGGGACGGCCCAUCCCCGGCACCUCCACCAGGUAUGAGCAGCCGAAAUGUGACAACACCGCCAGGGCGCACCCGACCAAGGCCCGGGACCUCUACAAGGGCCGCCAGCUCCAGGGUUGUCCCGGUGCCAAAAAGAAUGAGUUUCUCACCAGCGUUCUGGACGCGCUGUCCACGGACAUGGUCCACGCCGUCUCCGACCCCUCCUCUGCCGGCAGGCUCUCCGAACCUGACCCCAGCCACACGCUGGAGGAGAGAGUGGUCCACUGGUAUUUCAAGCUGCUGGACAAGAAUUCCAGCGGGGACAUUGGCAAGAAGGAGAUGAAGCCCUUCAAGAGAUUCCUUCGGAAAAAGUCCAAACCCAAGAAGUGCGUGAAGAAGUUUGUGGAGUACUGUGACCUGAACAACGACAAGUCGGUGUCCCUGCACGAGCUCAUGGGCUGCCUGGGCGUCACCAAGGAGGAGCGCAGGGCGAGCAGCAGGAAGCGGCACACCCCUAAAGGCAACGCGGAGAGCACGUCUAAUAGACAGGUGAGUGUGUCUCUAUCUUACCCUUAAUAAUUGGCUGGUUUACUUAUAGCUGAUAAAAAUUCAGGGCUGAUAAAAAUCCCAGGAACCAGGAGAUCGGGGU